AUGUUCGACGUAUUUGCCAAGGUCCUCUCCUCCAUCGCCUCCUUCCUCUUCCCAGUCUUCGCCAGUUACAAGGCGCUCAAGACGUCGGACCCGGCCCAGCUGACGCCAUGGCUCAUGUACUGGGUGGUGCUGGCGUGCGCGCUGCUGGUUGAGUCGUGGACGGAGUGGCUCCUCGUGUGGAUCCCCUUCUACGCCUACCUCCGACUGCUCUUCCUGCUGUACCUGGUGCUGCCGCAGACGCAGGGCGCGCGCAUCAUCUACCAGACGCACGUGCACCCGUGGCUCGAGGACAACGAGGGCGCCAUCGAGGACUUCAUCGCGUCCGCCCACGAGCGCCUGCGCGCCGCCGGCAUCGCCUACAUCAAGCGCGCCAUAGAGCUGCUCAAGACCAACGUGCUGGGCCUGCCGCCGUCGCCCGAGGCCGCCGCCGCUCCCCCCUCGUCUUCCGGGUAUCCGCAGUCGUACACGCAGACGCUGCUAGCGCGCUUCAGCCUGCCGUCGGCGCGGUGGACGGGGUCCACGGGCGCAGGCGCGGCCAGCGCCAGCGGGACCGCCGGCAGCUCCGACUUUUACUCGUUCCUGUCGUCGGCCGUUAGCGCGGCAGCGGCGGCCACGGCCGGGGCCAGCACGAAGACAGGUGCGACCUCUUCUUCUUCGGCGGCGGCGCCGCUCGGGAUGGUGCCGGACUCGAUCCGCGGCACGACGGCGCGCAUGUCGUUCAUCGAGGCGCAGCGCGAGCGGCUCAAGUACGUGCUGACGGCGCUGGACCGCGAGGCGACGCAGCUGCAGAGCGACGAGGCGGCGCGGCUGGAGAAGGCGGCCGCGGCGGCAGCAGCGACCACUGAACGCGCCCCUAGCAUGUCCUUGGAUGGAGGCCCUGGCGGGAGCCUGAGCAAGAGCCGGUCCGAGGUCGAUUUCGAAAAGCUCGAGGCCGAGAGCGGCGCCGAGGACGACAUGGACGACGCCGCGGCUGGCCUGCGCCGUCGCGCGCCGGGAGGAGGAGCGGCCGCAACGACGCCUGCCGCGGCGGGAUCUGCUGCGACCGGAGGAGCCGGCAGCUGGAUGCCGUGGGCCUGGGGAAGUGGC